GUAUGUGUUAUGAUGCAGUGACAAGGAAGUAUGUUGGAAGCUGCACGAAGUUGUGUGUGUCUGCAGAAUGACGUUUCAGUUCUUGUAUAUAAGAAAAAAAAAGAUGGCAGGGAUCCUCUCAAAGAGCAAAGCCAAAGGUGUUGAUUUCUGUGGUGUAGAUGACAAUUAUUAUAUCGUUCGCUCUGAUCUUGGAUGUUACAUGUACUCAACAAAUUUCCAUCAAGGCUGUGAUCUCACCAUUUACAGCCUGCACCCCUCCUGCCAGGGUGGAGAUCACUAUCUUGCCUUUGACAACAGCACAUUUUACAUCAUUAAAGGUAAUACGUGUCGCUGUGUGUCCGAUAUGACCAACGAUUAUGAGGCUAUAGUGUUUGACCUCCACCCAAACUGUCAAGGAGGUGACAACUAUCUGUCUGCUUAUGGAAACUUCUACAUAAUCUUUAAGAGCAGAGGUGUGUAUCGCAAAACUACCAAUAUGAACACAGAUAGUAAUGCAGUUGACUACCAACUGCAUCCAAACUGCAAGGAAGGCCUAUACUACUGGGGCACAAAAUAUUACUCCUACUUGCUCAAGCCAAAAGGUGAAUGGGGGAUUGAGUACCACAAAACUGAUGACCUUAACCAAGACACCAUUGCAAACACAUACUCAGUUCACCCAGAUGUACUGAGCUUCCUUCCUGGAGGCCUAGCUGCAACACAAGGCCCAGCAUUUGGAAAAUGGAAGUGCAUAACGACGAUUUCCAAUGAUUCAGAAACUCCCUUAACCUGGCAAAAGAAGAUAACUCGGAAAGUGGGCUAUAACAAAUCCCAGACAAGAAGUAUAGAGCAAAACUGGAUAAUUUCAAUGGGCAUCACAUAUCAGUCAGGGGCUCUGACCGAAGCCAUUGCCAAAUAUCAGUUCUCUCUGUCAGGAGAAUAUGGAGGACAAAGUGUCAACACCGAAGAAGAGAGCUGGGAAGAAGCAACUGAGACAGAAGAAAGUCUGUCCCUGUCUCUACAGCCCCACACUAAAAUGUACAUUUGGCAGUACAAACUUGGCUUUGGCAAGAAUGAUGUCCUCUUAUGCCGUGAUCUGACAUUUGAUGACGAUCCUAAUCCCCCCUCUACAAUUCCUCUGCCACCAGCUAACAAAUCUGGGUGUUAAGAAGUGUGAUAUGCCGGGGAAGGAUUGCUUAUAUGUGAGUGCCUGAAUGCUUAGGGUUAUUGGGGUUGAUACUUAACUAACAUGUUGCUGAUUGAGAGCAUUCGAUCUUAUUAAUGGCCCCAAACUAACACAUUAUUUUAGAAUAAACUUUGUUUAUUAGGUUGUCAAGUUAGAUUAGCACAAACAUGUUAAUGGACACAUUGAAAAAAAAAUAACUCACCUUCUAUUAUUAAAUGUACUAAUUUUUAAAUUAGAUUCAUAUUCUUAGAAUCAUAUAUGUACUAAAAUUAUUCUAUAAUAUACAUUUUUGCAAAACUUCUUAUAACGAAGUUAAUUAUAUUCAAACAAAUGUGCAAUGUCACAUUUGCUGUUCUGAAUUGGAUGUGGUAGUUUGAGGACAGAUUUAAAAUAAUAAUAUUCCACGAAGAUGCCUUUGGCUAUUGUUUUCCUUAAUUUAAGAAAUUCCGAUCCAUCUAAUUAACUUUUGUUGAAGUAAUAAUUUCAUGUACCCUUGUGUAUUAAUUACUUCUCUAUUAAACAUUAAACAA